AUGUCAAAGGAACUCACUGUAUUUAUUUUAGAUGCAUCCAAAUCAAUGGGUCAUACCAGCCCUGAAGAAACCAAGUCCGAUUUCCAAAGAGCGUUAAGGUAUACGUUCGGGUAUUUUAUACAGCACUUGGUCAAGAAUAGAAAGUCAGACCGGUUUGCAUUGAUCUUGUUUUCAGGUGGGUCAAUUGAUGUAUUUUAUGAAAAUUCUCCUUUGACUUUAUCUAAAGUACGAACAUAUUACACUCACAGUGUGAAAUUCCAUAAAGAAGACAGAGGAGAAGUCGAGAAAUAUAGUCUAGUUGACGCGUUAUGUAAAGCGUUCGAAUUAUUUAGCCGCAACAUUCACCUUAAGUUUACCAGAAAUUUAUACUUAUUUACAAAUGGCCUAUUAUCAGUAAGAGAUUCACAAAAGGUUUUGGUUUUCAAAGAGAUGUUGGUGAGUAAUCAAAUAAACACAUUGUUGGUUUUAUUUAGUAAUCGAGAGAACCAAACCACAGAAGCAAUAUUGGGCUAUUUAACACAACAAUUGAAGAACACUAAAAAAAUUGAUUUUGACGAAUUGGUAAAUUCUGGGCCGCCGCUAAAAUUGAUUGCUACCAGGUGUAUCUCUGAAGCUACGUUAGGGCUUGGAAUAGUUGAAGAUAUGAUGGAUGGUAUCGGUAAUGCAAUUCAGUUUCACGUGCAAGCUUUUCCAGGAGUAAAAGUACAGAAUCAAAUUCAUGGUAACUCAUACUACCUUGUUCCAGAUCUGGACGACGUAGUAAAAGUAGAAACUUCAGUGCUGCACUAUAUUAAGAAAACUUCUGGUUUUGAUGACGAAGAUGAGGAAGAAGAAGAAGAUGCUGUUACCAAGGAAACAGACUCACAAAGUAAACUGGAAAAAGAGAAAAUAUCCGUAAAUAAAUCAGAUUGUAUUCCAGGAUUUAAGUAUUCUCACAGAGAUGUCUUAGCGAUUAGUUCAGAAUUGGAAGAGGCGACUACUUUAGAAACAUCACCAAUUCUUAGCAUUCUUGGAUUCUAUGAAAAGGACAAGUUUCCUUUUGCUUAUUUCACAGAUGAAUGCACAUAUAUCGUUCCACAUCUGCAAUAUCAUGAACAUAAUCGCCUUGGAUACAGUUCGCUAGUAAAAUCUAUGAUUGAUUUGAAUUACUUGGCGUUAGUUCGGUUUGUCGCCAAAGAGAACACCGAGGUUCAAAUCUGCGUUGCGUUCCCACGACAGGUUACACUAGGAAAGCAACAAGGAAACAUUCUAGUGUUGUCCAGGGUAGCCAUGAAGGAGGAUGAAAAAAUUGGGCAUUUUCCCAAAUUGGAAGAAGCAAAGGAUAAAACCGUCGAUGAUUUGAUGGAACAGUUUAUAAAGGGUAAGAAAUUGCGGUCAGAUUCCCAUUUUGACCCGAAUACACUUGAUAAUCUUAAAAUAGGGCUCACACAAUCCGAACCAGCGAAGUGCUCCUAUAACCGAGAAAACAAGUAUUGA